UUCCUUCACAAACAAGAUUUCCAAGCUAAGUCUGCAAACUCAUCAAAAUGGCGACUGGACCGUUGUUCGGAAGUUCUGGAGGGCGAUCACAAAAUAAGAAUUUAGUGGAGUUUCGGGCUGGCCGAAUGACACUAAAAGACAAAAUGGUUUAUCCCGAUAAAAGAAAAGGUCUGAUAUACAUUUAUCAGUCGGAUGAUUCGCUCAUGCAUUUCUGUUGGAAAGAUAGGAGUUUAGGCCAAGUCGAAGACGAUUUAAUUAUAUUCCCUGAUGACAUAGAAUUUAAAAAAAUCAAUCAGUGUACCAGCGGCCGAGUUUAUGUACUGAAGUUCAAAUCAUCAGUCCGUAGAUUCUUCUUUUGGAUGCAGGAGCCAAAAACUGAGAAAGAUGAGGAAUAUUGCCGUAAGGUGAAUGAAUAUCUCAACAACCCACCCAGUCCAACUGCAAACCGAAACAAUGCUCCUGACCAUUCUGGUUUGGUUGGAGAAGCCGAUCUACAUAACAUUCUAGGUAACAUGAGUCAACAACAGUUAAUGCAACUUUUUGGUGGGAUUGGAAUGUCAACCCAGAACAGUUUGAAUCUGUCAACUCUCCUAAGUCGACCUGUAAAUUCAAGUUCGGACAGCCCGAGAUCACAAACUUCUCAAGGGAGCCGAGCUGAAUCUACUUCUAGUGACAGUGUUGCUUCAAGUACCCGUCCCGUGACUGCCACUGCUGCACUCCCUUCGCAGACCACUGAGACAACACCCAGCAGCAGCAGCAGCGGCGGCACCAGUACUACCACUACCACUACCAGCACCACUGCUGCUAUUUCCAGCAGUAGUAGCUCUGCAGCAACUAAAACUACGGACACCCCCAGACAACAGAUACAGUUGAGUGAUUUACAGAGCAUACUGUCCAAUAUGCAUGUUCCAGUUGACAAAGUUCAAGACAGUAUUGAACUCUCUCAAGUUCUGAAACCAGAUGACAUCAUCCCAAUUUUGGCCAAUUCCGAGAUACAGCAGCAUCUUCUGCAAUAUCUUCCUGAAGGAGAAAUGUUGCCUCGCACUGAAGAAGAACUUCGCAAUACAGUUCAGUCACCACAAUUCCAACAGGCCCUUCAGUCAUUUAGUGCAGCACUGCGGUCACGUGAACUUGGUCCAUUAAUGACACAAUUUGGUCUUGGUGAUGAUGUUGCUAAUGCAGCUGCAGAGGGAGAUCUGGAAGCAUUCGUAAAGGCCCUGCAAGAAGCCCAGAAAAAGAAGGAAGACAAGUAGGAUGUACUUAGUGGAUGCUUUUUUUUUUUUUCUAUUGCUUGCUGUUAUUGUGUUUUAUUGGAAUAAAAUUUUCACUGGUAAUUGAUCCAACACAUUAGAAAUAAAGAAAUAAAUAAAUAG